AUGGAUACUAUCAAGAACACCGCCAACUUCGUCUCUGACAAGGUCAACGAAGCCACCUCUGGUGCUUCCAAGGAGGCCAACAAGAACGUCGCAAAGGACUCUGAUGCGUCUCUCGGAACCCGCGCCUCUGCCGCCAAGGAUGCUCUCGGUGACAAAGUCGAUGAGAGCAAGAGCUCCGCAUCUGCUGAGGGCAACAAGCAGGCCGCUACUCACUAA